AUGUCCACAGUUUGGCUGCAAAUCGGACAGUGCGGUAACCAGGUCGGGCAGCAGUGGUGGGACAUUGUCACCAGGGACGAGGCCAGACGUGUGUUCCAGGCCGCGGAUGGGAAGUUGAGUGCACUCUGUGUGGACAGUGAGCCGAAGGUGAUCAGGAGGCUACGGAAGGAGGUGCAACACGGGAUUUUCCGUGACUCCAACACGAUCCUGGGCCGGGGCGGCCGCGGCGGGAGCUGGGCCCUGGGGUACCACGGCCCCCCAGACUCCAGCCACACCGAUCUGGUGACAGCGACCAUGGAAAGCUUCCGGAAGGAAGUGGAACGACGGGAUAGUUUCUGUGGUGUCGUCAUACUGCACAGUCUGAGCGGAGGCACCGGCUCAGGUCUGGGAUCUCGGCUGUGUGAGGUGAUCCGGGAGGAAUACCCGCUGGGACAGGUGCUGGCAGUGACGGUAUGUCCGCACCGCGCUGGUGAGAACCCGGUGCAGAACUACAACGCUCUGCUCUGCCUGGCCCGGCUCGACAGGUUUGCCGAUGGUGUCCUCCUGUUCCACAAUGACGAGGCGCUGUGUCGGGGGGCACAGCCCGGGGAUGGCAGCAGAUCUCUGACAGCCAUGAACUCACACAUUGCCCGCUGCCUGGCUGGCCUCCUCACCCCCGUCAGCAACCUCCACGCCCGCAGUGGUGUCAGUAUCGGGCUCGAGCCCUGGGAGCUCCUGAGGUCUGUCUGUCCCGUCCCAGCAAUCAAGUUCCUUCACAGCGCACAGGCGAACACAAGGACCAUGUGCUGGGAUGGUCUGGUGUCCUCUCUGCUUCGCUCGGUGCUGACUCGCUCGCCCAGCGGACAGGCUGUAUCCUUUCCUCUCCUUCCUGACAGAUUAAGUGCCCGAGACGCUGCCCUGUGUGAAGGCCGCUGCUACUGGAGCACGGCGCUGUUGGCUGUCGCUCGCGGGGCCUCCCCAGGCCCAGGCCCGGGCUCCGGCCUCUCCUCACUCUACAGCCUCCGCACCCGCCUCAGCCGCGGCUACAACUGUGUCACCUGGAACCCCCGUCCCGUGGAGUACUGGUCAGAUCCCAAGAACAUCAUUGACGUGGCAUUGCCGAGCCGUUCACUGACAGUCUGCGCCAACCACAGCAGCGUGGCUGAGUACAUGCAGCACGUGGUGGGCAGAGCGCGGGCCAUGUACCAGGCUGGGGCCUACCUGCACUGGUACUGGAGGCACGGCUGUGAGGAGAGCGACUUCCUGCAGGCCUUCCAGCAGCUGAGCUGUGUAGAGCAGGAAUACAGCACCGCGGUGGGCAGCGUGUGA